CUGUGUUUGUUGAGGCGUAUUGAGAAAUGGAAGAUACAAAUUUAAAACCCGACAAAUUAACAUUAUCCAAGGCCGUCAUCGAAGGCCUUCGGCACUUGGGAACUUCAAUCGAAAGUGAAACUGCUCGAAAACUAAUUGCAAACUGUGUAAAACUUACUUUGCAUCCCCAAGCUACCAUUCCUCCAGUGCCAGAAAUAUACGCCUCCAAUAGUUUAAGGGCUAAGCAAAGCGAAUAUGCUGUUGUCUCCCUAUUCAGCUUGGCUACAAAGCACUGCCUAGAUGGGAUGUAUCUUCGACAGUUGCUUGAGGAAAUCGAGUUGGCGAAUAGCACAAUUGAAGAACUAACCAAAUCAUACGAGGAUAACAAGAAAUCUUUGAUAUUACGCCAUUUACAGAUAGGACACAGUUUUCCACACAUAACUGACUUGCAGUGGCGAAUUGUAGCCGAUGUAAAAUCGUCGACAUCAGAAAGUAGUAGCGGAGAGCCCAGCUUUUACAUCAAUAUGGGCCGUUUUAGACAAAAUUCGGAAGGGGAUAGAGAAACAAUAGCUGAGUUUGUAUGCAAUACAGAAGAGUUGCAAUUGCUAAUAAACAAGCUGAAGGAGGUUGAACGACAUUGUGAAAAGCUCUCUAACGAGCUGUAGUGGAAAAUAAAUAAUAAAUUGUGAAGAGUGGUAGAAAGUAAACAACA